GAAUUAUUCACCAAAGUUCUUGUCCACAUACACCUCAGAAGAAUAGUGUAGUUGAAAGAAGACAUAGACAUAUUUUGGAAACAGCUAGAGCAAUAAGGUUUCAAGGUCAUAUACCAAUCAGAUUUUGGGGGAGUGUAUUCUUAGUGUUGUUCAUAUCAUUAAUAGAAUUCCUUCGACAGUAGUACUACACAACAGAUCACUUUUUGAGAUGAUGUUUAUGAGAUCACCCGACCUAUCUUACAUGAGAGUGAUCGGAUGUUUGUGCCAUGCUACCAAUCUAAACAAAUAUGAUAAAUUUGGACCAAGAGCUAUCAGAUCAGUUUUAAUAGGAUAUGGUGAUGCACAAAAGGGUUAUAGACUUUAUGAUCUUGAGAAUCAUACUUUUUUUAUUAGUAAGGAUAUGGUGUUUGAUGAAACACCGUUUCCUUUUCAAAAUUAUUCAGAUGUUGUGAGUAAAAAUCCACCAUGGGAUGUUGCUCAAUGUUUGAAAUUCUCUAUACUAUCUACUGAUUCACAUCCAGUGUAUGAUGAGAUUGCAAUAACUAGUCCACCUUCAACAGAAGAUGUUUCAGUCUCUCCUAUGGUACAGGAUCAUUCCUCUUCAUCUGCUCAUGAAAUACAUACUACACCAGUGGUUGAUAUACACAGAUCACCAUGUCUUGCUGAGACAAGAGGGUUUAACAAGACAAGUAGACUACCUAUCUGGCACAAGGAUUUUGUUACGGGAACAAAGAGCAAGUCUCGUCAGUGAUUGUAUUCAAUCACAAACAAUGUUGAUUAUUGUAAUGACCCUUACGGUCAUUUUCCUGUAUUUUUCAUAUAAUUUUAGUACUAUCUAAAUAUAUCGUGGAUUCUUUAUUUUAAUUUGACAUUUGGUAGAAAUAUAAUUUAG